AUGAAUAUGGCUUCAAGUGAAAUAGGCGUGAAUCUGUCGAACAUAGAAUCAGACUCUUAUUAUGGAUAUGCUGACACGUCAAGCUUUGCAAUACCGUCGUCGCCUAUAAGUUCUACAUCGCAUAAAAGAAAGAGAUCUGAAGACCUAGAUAUCAUUACGCAUAUUACAAUUAACAACAACGCUUUAGGUAAUCAAGCGAUAGCUGAAAAUGCAAAGAGAUGCCAACAAAAUAAGAUUCACUCAGAAUUACAUCAGAAUACUAUAGAUUUGAUGAUGAAAUCUCAAAAAAUACUUCAAGAACAAGAAAGAUUGCAUAAGUUAUACGAUGGGGAUAAUUCGAUGCAUGAGGAUAUAGUCACUGAUGAAACGAAGGACAACUUUAAACAGAGACCCUUUUGGCCAAUAAUAAAUAAGGCUCACGUCUGA